AGGUUCAUUUGCAGGAAUAGAUCCCCCGAUUUCGCAGAGUUCCUAAUAUUUUAUAUGAAAUUAUCUGUAUUAAAUUGUGAUUGCUCAUAAAGUUUGUUUUGUUUCUUGCGUGGAACAGAAGCUUGGACAGAGUGCAAUUAAAUGGAUAAAAUAAAAUGUAUCCUUGUUUUACAUGUAUUUGCUCUGCAAAAACUUUAUUUAUCCAAUCGCCCAUGUCUCGCGCAUGUGCUUUAUUAUUGCUAUUAAGUUACAUUAAAAGUCUGACUUUGCCACGGAUCCUUCGUGUAGUCGUUUGAGUGCAAUAAAUGACCAUGUGUGAAAGUUUUCAAACGUGAUUAUGACUUGAUAAUAAAAGCAAAUGUUUUUCGUUAUUUUUGCUCUCCACUGCGAGCAUACGUGAUACGAGAUGAUAUCCUUCGAAAAGGCUAUUACGGAAUACCAUACCUGCUAGGUAUGUAUAUCGUGAGCUGACGUUAGGAAUGGUUACUUUAUGAAUCACAUUAUUGGAAACCUCGCACAAACUGCGUACUCGAGCUUUAUGUUCAUUCAGGAAAUAGAUGGUUAGAAUAAAAAGUUAUGAUUUGCCUGCUGGAAACUUUUGCAGGGCGGACUUAGAUUUUAAAGAAUGUAUGGUCUGUUACUCGAAAAUCUAUCCGACUAUGUCAAAACAGUAUAUGGAGAAGAAAAAUGGGAUGAAAUACGGCGCCAAGUUGGCAUCGAUGCUCCAGUCUUUAGUGUACAUCAAGUUUAUCCGGAGAAUCUACUUAAUAAGUUGGCGAAAAAAUCACAGCAGAUUCUCGGCGUCAGUGAAAAAGAAUUCAUGGACCAAAUGGGAGUUUAUUUUGUUAGCUUCGUAGGACAAUACGGAUACGACAGAGUUUUAUCAGUUUUGGGGCGUCACAUGCGCGACUUUUUAAAUGGUCUCGAUAAUUUACACGAAUAUUUGAAAUUUUCAUAUCCUCGAAUGCGAGCUCCAUCUUUUAUAUGCGAGAAUGAAACUAAACAGGGAUUAACGUUACAUUACAGAUCAAAACGUAGAGGAUUUGUAUACUACACUAUGGGACAAAUUCGGGAGGUAGCACGUCACUUUUAUCAAAAGGAAAUGCAUAUCGAAUUAGUGAGAGAGGAAAUUUUAUUUGAUACAGUCCACGUCACGUUUCAACUGACCUUUGACAAUAGAGCCUUUACAUUAGCAUCCCUGGCGAUGACCCGAGAAGAGAAACACUUGCCAAUAAGCGCGCAUGUUCUCUUCGAAAUUUUUCCGUUUUGUAUAGUAUUUGGCUCAGAUAUGGUUGUGAGGAGUAUUGGAAAUUCACUAAUGGUGAUCCUACCGGAGCUGGUGGGUCAAAAAAUCACCAACUGGUUCGACUUAGUUCGGCCGUUGAUUGCCUUCAAAUUCCAAACUAUUUUAAAUAGGACAAAUAAUAUAUUUGAAUUAGUUACUGUGGAACCAGUUCCUGAGCGGCAAGAUAUUAAUAAAAAGAAGGAAUUACUUCUUGAAGAAGACGAUUCCGAAUCCGACAAAAAUCUCCGAUUGAAAGGACAAAUGAUUUAUAUGGAAAACUGGCGAAUGAUCAUGUUUUUGGGAACACCUGUAAUGCCUGAUCUCACAUCCCUUAUAAACACUGGCCUCUACAUUAAUGAUCUCUCCAUGCAUGACUUUAGCAGAGACCUUAUGUUAGCUGGAACACAGCAGUCUGUUGAACUGAAACUAGCUUUGGAUCAAGAGCAACAGAAAUCGAAAAAGUUGGAAGAGUCCAUGAGAAAAUUGGAUGAAGAAAUGCGGAGAACUGAUGAACUUCUAUACCAGAUGAUACCAAAACAGGUAGCUGAUCGACUACGUAGAGGAGAAAAUCCCAUCGAUACAUGUGAAAUGUUCGACAGUGUUUCAAUACUUUUUUCUGAUGUCGUCACAUUCACUGAAAUUUGUAGCCGAAUUACUCCGAUGGAGGUUGUUUCGUUAUUAAAUUAUAUGUAUUCUAUAUUCGAUACCCUAACUGAGAGGAACAACGUCUACAAGGUGGAAACGAUCGGAGAUGCUUAUAUGGUUGUAUCUGGAGCUCCUGAAAAAGAAAUAAAUCAUGCCGAAAAAGUAUGUGAUAUGGCCUUGGAUAUGGUUGAAGCUAUAACAGAUCUUAAAGAUCCUUCAACUGGAUCUCAUCUUAGAAUAAGGGUAGGCGUCCACUCUGGAGCAGUAGUGGCAGGAAUAGUCGGUCUUAAAAUGCCAAGAUAUUGUCUUUUUGGUGAUUCAGUCAAUACAGCUUCCCGAAUGGAAUCUACCAGUGAAGCUAUGAAAAUACAUAUAUCUGAAUCAACGAAAGAAUUAUUGGGUCCGACUUAUCGUGUCAGUGAGCGAGGUGAAAUAGAUGUGAAAGGAAAAGGAGCAAUGAAAACAUAUUGGCUUGACGAGCGUGAGAAUCGCCCACCUAUCCAACCAAUCCGGCCUAGCAGUGAUUUGGAGAACCCGAAACCCAUUGUUCCCUCUGGAAAUGGAUUGGAAACUAGACGUCUCAGCAUAGCCAGCCUUUCGAAGAAAAAAAGCUCGGUUCAAGGCAUACUCUCAACACCACCUGAUGAACGACGGAUUUACUCACCCGUAACUUUCCGCGACGUGGCAAGACGCAGCAUUGCCAACUCUCCAGUAAGAAGUGUAUUGAGCGGAAGCAUCAAGGGUCGUGAAUCGCGUUCAAAUUCGACUGGCCAUGUUUUCAUGCGAAGUCCUAGCGAUGUCUUUGGAUCGCUCAUCAGCGAUACCGAAGAGUUUUUGGAAGACUUGCAAUUGAACCGCGGUUCAAUUAACAAUAAUAUGUAUAUGCCCUCAACUCCUUCAUCGCCUGGUCUAAGCCCAACUCCUCCAUUUAGAAUAGGAACAGCUCCAACCAAGCCUAGACCAAUUAAACCAGGACAGUAUACCGAAGAAGAAAUGGCAGUAUUAGGGCAACAGACGCCGCCACCGUCAGCGCCAAACCUUCACGAGAGAAACAACUCGGCUCAUGAGACAUUCAUUAAGAAAAGGAUCGAACCAAAGUCGAUCACAUUUGACAAUAGUCACUCAUCGGCUUCAAUGGCGAAGGCGAGCCGAAAAGCAAUGCUAGCCGCAAAGCAAUCGAAAGCAAUUGAAAAAUUGGACAAAAUGGUAGAAGAAGUGAUAGAAGCUGAUAUACCAGAUAUUUGUCCAUUUGGUUUACCGCCUCUGCCGAACUCACUAUCAGACGGGCCGCUCUCUAGCCACAAUAGCUCACAUAAGCGUAUGCAGAACAAUAUUCAUUCGGACAGAGUGCCUAAUAGUCAGAGUUUCAUUCACGGACAAGAGCAUCAGUGUUGUUCAGGUUUCGGUCACAACCAAAAUGGAAGACAAAAAAUUCAUUCGAACGCCUGUCAAAUUUUAUAAAGUUAAGUGUGUGAAAAUGUUUAGGAAAAGUUAUAAAGGAAUAGGUAUUUGAAAGCACAAAGAGAAUGGAAAAUAGAUAAUGUUAGAGCAAAUAAAUUUCCAUUUGUUUCUCA